AUGACUCUAUUACAGAGACUACCAGUGUUCCUAACUCUUACAUCUACUCUCCGUGUUGUUCUAGGUAACCCCACGACUCUCAAUCCGAUUUCCACCGUCACCGAUGAUGAGGAUGACACGCCUCUACCAGUCGUGAUCUGGCACGGUCUCGGCGAUACCUUCUCAGCCGAGGGUCUACAGUCCGUCGGCGGGUUAGUCGAGAAGAUCAACCCAGGCACAUUCGUCUACUACGUGCGCCUUGACGAGAGCCCCUCCAACGACCGCACUGCAACCUUCUACGGCAACGUGACGGAGCAGGUCGCAAAGGUAUGCGACGAUCUUGCCGCGCACCCUAUCCUCUCGACUGCGCCCGCCAUCGACGCCAUCGGCUUUAGCCAGGGUGGCCAGUUUCUACGGGCCUACGUCGAACGCUGCAACUUCCCGCCGGUCCGAACGCUCGUCACGUUCGGAAGCCAACAUAACGGCAUCGUCGACUACAAAGCCUGUUCGGCGGCCGAUUGGUUAUGUAAGGGCGCUAUGGCGUUGCUGCAUGGAAAUACGUGGAGCUCGUGGAUACAGAGCCGGCUCGUUCCCGCGCAGUACUUCCGCGAUCCCAACGAUUUGGAUAACUACCUCGAGUACUCCAACUUCCUAGCGGACAUCAACAACGAGCGAGAAAAGAAGAACGAGACCUACGCCAAGAACAUUGCGAACCUCGAGAACUUUGUACUAUAUGUCUUCGAAGACGACACGACUGUCAUCCCGAAGGAGACGAGCUGGUUCGAAGAGGUCAAUGGUACUGAGGUUACGCCACUGAGGGCCCGAAAACUGUAUACUGAAGAUUGGAUUGGUUUGAGGGCUCUCGAUAGGAAAGGAGGAUUAAAGUUCAAGACUACCCCAGGCGAACACAUGCAAAUAUCAGAUGAAGUGCUAGAAGGUACUUUUAGCGAGUUCUUCGGCCCCUUCAAGAGUAGCGCUCCGAAGGAUGACCAAGAAUCGGAUGAGCUGUAA